UCUUUUCAGACCCGCCCCUUGCCUGGCUUGACAGACAAGUCUGUAAUCCUCAGAUCCCAACUGUGACAUCGCUUCUUUUAUUAUUACUGUUCUGGGUGUUUCAUAUCGGCACAUUACACACAUUCUGUAAUUCGUGCCUUUCUGCAUUACAUGCUAAUAUUAACAGACUUUAUGACAAACGGACCCUAGCUACUCUCCUGGCUAACUUAUUAACCGGUAACAACACAAGGGCCAUCUGACGGUACACUGAGCUUGUUAGCCAGCUAGCUGCUGAUUCUCCAGUCGAACUGCCCUUUGUCUUUUCAGGAGUGAAGCAAACCAAGAUAGGCGGCUUGGGAACCAAGAUGUCGAACCGAGUGGUGUGCAGAGAAGCAAGUCACGCCGGGAGCUGGUAUUCUGCUUCGGGAUCCCAGCUGAAUGCACAACUAGAAGGCUGGCUGUCUCAAGCACAGUCCACCAUCAGACCCGCUAGAGCCAUCAUAGCACCCCAUGCUGGGUAUACUUACUGUGGUGCUUGUGCAGCACAUGCCUACAAGCAGGUUGAUCCCUCUAUUACUCGUAGGGUGUUCAUCCUGGGACCUUCACACCAUGUGCCCCUCUCUCGCUGUGCCCUGUCACCUGCAGACAUCUAUAGAACACCCCUCUAUGACCUGAGAAUCGACCAAAAGGUUUAUGCUGACCUCUGGAAAACUGGGUUGUUUGAGAGAAUGAGUCUGCAGACAGACGAAGAUGAGCACAGUAUUGAAAUGCACUUGCCUUACACUGCUAAAGCCAUGGAGAGCCACAAAGACGAGUUUAGCAUCGUGCCUGUGCUGGUGGGUGCGCUGAGUGAGUCAAAGGAACAGGAAUAUGGGAAGCUGCUUAGCAAAUACCUGGCAGACCCUUCUAACCUUUUCAUCAUCUCAUCUGACUUCUGCCAUUGGGGUCAACGGUUUCGCUAUACAUACUAUGAUGAAUCUCAAGGGGAGAUCUACAGGUCUAUUGAGCAUCUUGAUAAAAUGGGGAUGGGCAUUAUAGAGCAGCUGGAUCCCAUGUCUUUCACCAACUACUUGAAGAAGUAUCGCAACACCAUAUGUGGGCGUCACCCGAUUGGAGUGCUGCUAAAUGCUGUGGCUGAGCUGAGGAAGUCUGGUCUAGAAAUGAACUUCACUUUCCUGAACUACGCCCAAUCAAGUCAGUGCAGGAACUGGCAGGAUAGCUCCGUGAGUUAUGCUGCUGGGGCACUCAUCGUUCAUUGAGGUCAACUUUUUGCAGGGGCCACUGCAACGCCGCCACCCUGCCCUUACUAUCUAUCGCCAUAACCCGACCCAGACACCCUCCCUCUCACCCCCUCCCCCAGUUAUGCCCACUAUUUGCAGGAAGGACCUAGACACUCAAAGCCAAUACAGUCUUCUUUCUCUGUCUCUCCCUCAGCUCUCCUCUGCCUUUUCUCUGCCAGUUUGAAGUGUGUCUCAGAGCUUUUGGUUGAAACAUUUUGCUUGAAGUGCAGUUUUGAGAUUUUGUAGGAGCAAAUGGUUAGUGGAGAUGGGAAGAGUAUGUAGUGUUUUGGCUUGGAGUAAGCAAUGAGAGGGGAAAAAUUAAUCUUAUUUAGGUUUUUGCAAGGACUAGUCCUCUUAGUUCCUUUUUGUUUUCCUGACUAAACAGAUUUGAGUUGUAAAAAUGCAAUCUUUAUAUUUGGACUCGAUCUGUUCUCUUGUAAUUUGCCUCAGAAUAAGAAUUAAAAUAAAACUGCAGAUAUUAAUGGAGACUAUUCAAAUGUUGCCAGAUGAAAAUGGAGUGUUUUGACUGACUGCUUCAAGCUACAUGCGAUUUAAACUUUGAAAACAGUGUCAUAGGUAAUUACUACCAUUGCUCAGCACGUGUUGUAGUUGCUAACAAAGGGCUGCACCCAACAAAGUUCACUAACCCCCCUUACUGUACAAAACCAAAAACAAUAUUAUUAUCCUUUUAGUUUAUUAAACACAAUAUUUUAAUCAUAUUUUAUUCCUUUUGUUUUCCUUAUUCAGUAGUUUUAGAUGUGAUGAUAUUUACUCAAUUAGUGUGUAGGUUUGAACAAAAGCCGAGUCGUCACUUGAGCUCUAAAGCCAUCAGCCAGUUUGCCCAGUAAACUAGUGUGUACAAACACCGCUUCCUGACUACGAUCCCAUGCUUUCUAGCAUGCUAGAGCCAAACUGCAGUUAUGUAGAAAUACAAUCAACGGUGGAUAUUGUGUACGUGACUCCAUCUAUGAGACGUCCAGUCUCCGUUUACAACUCCACCCGGACUUUCUGUAGUUACUGAACUGUCAGACUAGGAGAAAGACAGUUUUGUUACACAUUUAGCAAAAUGUAUCUUUUUGUCUAAACAACAGGCAAAGCAUUGAAGACCACAAUGACUUGCUUAAAUAAGAUCUGUACCUCUUCCCAGUGCACUGCGUGUGAAAGCUAAAUGCAGACCCCCCAGUGAUUCUUAGUAGCAAUGUAGGCUUUCAGUACCAGUAAUGAUAAUAGGCAGCACACAAGUGUCUGCUGUCCUGUCGUUUAAGAUUGGAACGUCACUUUUCUCUGACUUUUGCUGCUAAAGUUGAAUAUUCCUAUUUAAGUAAAGCAGUCCUCUAACAUUAGCCCCUCCCCUCUUGGCACCAAAAGAGGUGUCACACUCAGCAUUAAACUACAACAUCUGUUCGAAUGAAGUGGGCACAGACUGAAAGAUGAAAUCCCAGAAUGGCUUGACCUCUAUUGCUAAUUUAAGGGAAACUAGUAAAGCAUGACACACUGUGCUAUUGUGCCUUUUAUCACUGUUGCACAUAUACAUAUAAAGCAUAUUCUCACUUUUAGUCUUAUUUUAGAAUGUGUACUUGAGUUUUGUUUUGUUUUUUCUCACGUGUUCCCUCCCCUUUGCCUAUUGCCUGACGGUGUCUCCAGCUCGCCCGACACACCAGGAAUAUUCUACCUGUCCCCUCCGUCAUCCGUUGGUCUAAAAUGGCACCAACUGUUAUCUCCUUUCUCCAGCAGGGAGUGGUGUUCCUCUUUCUCCUAAUCACCUCAUUCCUGUAGAGAGAGACAAAGGCUAAACCUCAGCACUGUUCAUUUUCUGUUAUAUGAAUAUUUGUUUGUCUUUUAGAAAUGUUUUUUUGUAUUUCUUUUUUUCUUUUCUUCUUUUCUUGGUUUGAGAAUUGGAACUUACACGUCACAGACCUAAAAAUAUACUACUUAACUACUCCCUUAAUGGAGUUUUUUUGAUCUCAGGUUCCACUGGUAAAGCAUCCCAAAAGGCUCUUCAGAUAAGGCCGAGGAUUCAUGUAACAAAAUGAGUAAAAUGUACUGAAAAGCU